AUGUCAUAUAUAGGAGGAGCUAGAUCAGUUCCCGAUGAAAAAGUCAGAAUUGCCUCAACCAAAAUGGCAGGAAUUGGACCUAAAAAAGCCAUUCAGGUUCGUUAUCGAUUGGGUAUAAGUGAGAACAUCAAGAUGAAUGAGUUAACUAAGUAUCAGAUCGACCUUUUGGAACAAGUGAUAGGUCAAGAUCAUGUUGUUCAUUGGGAAUUGAAGAGGGGAGAACGAGCAGACAUCGAACGAUUAAUUUCGAUUUCUCGUUAUCGCGGAAUUCGUCAUCAAGAUGGUUCGCCCUUACGCGGUCAACGAACUCAUACUAAUGCUAGGACAGCUCGAAAAAAGAAGUCUGAAGAAUGA